GUUAAUCCGCGAAAGAAUUAAGGAUUUGCAGGCGCAAUGUAUGAAAAUACGCGCGUGUCACCGCGAGUAUUCACAGCGAUACAGAAUGUCGAUAUCAUAGAAUUGUCGUUGUGCUCGCAUAAGGAGAUCAGACCGAUCCUACCAUGUUUGGUUAGGAUGAGCCUCAUCUCGCCGUUGGAUAUAACAAAGGAAUGUGUGGAAGGUCGAAAGCAAGUGUUAACAAUAUUAUCUGGAAUCGAAGCUGUCAAUUCUAUUAUUGCCUUACUAUCGAUCGAUUUUCACGCCCUCGAAACCGACGUCCGACAAGAGCAGCAGUUGAGACAAAAACUUGGCAGUGGCCAACGAGACAGCGUACUGGCCCAGUCUCUGCAAAGCGGUCUGGCACUAGAGUUUGAGCGCAGUGAGUCCAUUCGCCGAAUCAGAUUGGUGCUUAGUGAGAUUCUGUUUAUAGCAACGCAGAUACAGGAGCAGCAAAAGAAUCAGGAGUUUCAGAUAAGGCAGUCGGAUUUGUUUGACAAUGCAGUUUACAUGGAGGAAAUAAGCUAUGUGAUCUGCAUUGCUCUUGCUGAAUUGCCAACAUUGCUUUCUAUCCUGGACAUUGCGGAGACCCUGCUGCACGUCAAGCAUGGCCCUGACAUUAUCUGUUGGCUCGUUGCUAAUAGUCCGGACAGCUUCUCAGAGGUGUGUGCGCAUCUAAUCGCCAAUGGCGAACGACAGGAGGAGUCGGCGCUAGGCAGGAUUAGAACGCAGGCGAUUACGAUGCUCUGUCAGAUGAAUCCGAACCAGGCACUGGCAAUCAGAGCUAAAUGCGUGGAAUUGUGUCGGAUGCCUGCACUAGCCAUUGCACUGAGUUUGGAGCACGAGAACGCGACUGCGAGCUCGCAGCUCGAGAGUGAUGUGGUCGCGUUUGUGUCUGGCUUACUGCUUGGUAGCGAUCAGCAGGUCCGCUCAUGGAUCGCUAUGUUUAUCAGAAAUGGACAGAAGCGCAAGUGGGAAUCGCAAACGGCAUUACAGUCGUUGCGAGAGGAGCUGCUCAAACGGCUGCAGACGAUCGCUACGCGCAGUACGGACGGUCAAUUGGCAGAGUCGCAUGUUGUGCAGGCAAGCGCAUUGCUCAGACUUUAUUGCGCUCUACGCGGUAUCGGUGGCAUCAAAUUUCAGGACGACGAGGUGGCAAUGAUCGUGCAGCUCCUGACGUCGCAUCCACCACCGUCCCCGGCCGGCGUGCGAUUCGUAUCUCUUGGCCUGUGUAUGCUAAUAGCAUGCCCUUCCCUGAUCGGACAUCACAAUCUGGAGAAGCGCAGCAUCGAGUGGGUGCAGUGGCUGGUGCGCGAGGAGGCCUACUUCGAGAGUGCGAGCGGUGUCACUGCCAGUUUCGGUGAGAUGCUGUUGCUGAUGGCGAUACACUUCCACAGUAAUCAGCUGUCGGCGAUCUGCGAGCUGGUUUGCGCCACCCUUGGCAUGAAGAUACCCAUCAGACCUAACAAUCUCACACGAAUUAAGCAGAUCUUCAUGCAGGAGAUUUUCACGGAACAAGUAGUUACCGCGCACGCAGUCAAAGUACCGGUCACUGCAAAUCUGAACGCUAAUAUUCCUGGCUUUCUGCCGGUGCACUGCAUUCAUCAAUUGCUCAAGUCACGGGCAUUUGCGAAGCACCGGGUACCUAUCAAGAACUGGAUAUAUCGACAGAUUUGCGCGAGUGUACCACCGCUACAUCCGGUUCUGCCAGCCCUAGUCGAGGUCUACGUCAACUCCGUCCUGAUGACGAACAAUAAAACGUCCGAGCACACAAACAAACCCAUCACCGAGAACGAGAUCCGUCGAGUAUUUCAGAACAGCGUGUUCGGAGCGAAUUUCGAUUUCAAGCAGAAUCCCAACGUAAUGCAGAUAGACGCCGACAGUAUGGACAUUGACACGUCGAAGCCGUCACUCACAUCCCAGCUACUGUUGCUGUAUUACCUUCUGCUCUACGAAGACGUGAGACUGUCCAACAUGCACACCUUUAUGUCGCAAAGCAGGAAAGUCAAGUCGUACUCGACGGAGUUUCUGUCCGAGUUACCGAUCAAGUAUCUGCUACAGUUGGUUCAGCGGGAUCAAAUGAACUAUGCCAGUCUGUUCUCGCCGCUUCUCCGGUUAUUGGCUAUACAUUUUCCUCAUCUGUCUCUGGUGGACGAUUGGCUCGACGACGAAAUGAUUAAUAUAGAUUCCGCGAUCGUGAGUUACGAUAGCACGAAGAUUAGCAAUAUUGCGAUUAUUGAAGCAUUCAGCCACGUCAAAACUUGCCCGUCGAGGACCGGUAGAUUAUUGAGGCAACUGAUGACGCUAAAACCGAGUGAAAUCUGGCCUCACGCCGAGCUGAUAAUACAUUAUUUUAAAGAUGUUCUCGAUGAGCAAGUUCCUAGAUAUAUACAAGAACUUUAUAAACAAGUGUGGCUUAGACUUAACACUGUACUACCGCGUUGUCUAUGGGUACUUUCUAUAAACGCGCUGCUAAUAGAAAAUUCAAUAGUAAAAAACGUAUUUUUGACACAAGAUAAUAUUGUAUUAGAUCCGCUGCAAGUAUUAAGAUGUGACACAAGAGUUUUUAGGUGCGCGCCGAUUUUAUCCGUAGUUCUGAGGAUUUUACAAGCUACGUUAGCUGCCUCACGAUCUCAAUUAUCCAGGCACAUGCAGGAUAAGCCUCUGACCGAAAAAAUUGGGCAACUAACGAGUGAAACAGAAAGAGAGGAUUUGAGAAUAGCUUUAGUGAUGGGUCAAGAAAGUGCAGCGGUGCAGAUUUUAUUAGAAGCAUGCUUGGAAACCGAGGAAGACAAGAAAACUCCUGGACAAAUGUGGUCUCUUCGGGAAAUUCGAAGUGUCGUAUGCUCUUAUCUGCAUCAAGUAUUCAUAGCCGACCCAUCAUUAGCUAAAUUAGUUCAUUUUCAGGGUUACCCACGAGAAUUACUCCCAAUCACAGUUUCCGGAAUUCCAUCUAUGCACAUUUGUCUUGACUGGAUUCCGGAAUUAUUGUCUCAGCCCGAAUCGGAGAAGCAAGUAUUUGCCGUUGAUUUGGCUUCGCAUCUGGCGAUUCAGUACGCCCUGCCGAAAGCCCUGAGUGUUUCUCGAUUGGCGAUUAAUACUCUGAUAACGCUGCUGGGUGUAUUACCUGCCGAGGACCGAGUCACUCUUUUUAUGCCAGUGUUGUCAUCGUUGACGCGUAUAUGUUUGGCUUUCCCUCCUCUAGUAGAGGAUAUCACAGGAUUAUUACUACAACUUGGCAGAGUUAGCGCGGCUCAAGCGGCAUUGGGUGAUAAAGCAGCGGAUUUUUUGUGUCAAGAAGUGAACGCGACGUUUUGCACCUUGUUGCAGAAAGCUAUAUUACAAUCGCGAGUUUACUAAAAUGUAACUCAGCUGUACUAAAGCAAUGUUAACUGUUUUGAGAGUUACGAUGUAUUAUUUGUACAUAAAUUUGUAUUACAUACGACCAUUGUAGAGCAAUUUCCAAUUUUGUAAGCUAUUUUUUCAACUGCAUUAGAGAUCUCUUUAAUACAUUUUUACAGCAUUAAUAAGAAUAUAUUGCUCGAUCAUUUGUAGUAGUGGACAUAUGAUUAAGUCAAAGUUAAAUUAUCAAUUGGGAUACCUCUUUUUGUAUUUAUAAUCUUCUUUUCUGUACCUAUGUUUUUUCUUCUAUAAGAAUACUGUUUGUGAAUAUAUUUAUUUUGAAUUUAAACGUAAGUACAAAAGAAUUGUAUAUUGUAUAUUGAUCUAACGUCCCUUUUUCUACAAAGAUAAGAUUUUUUUAUAAUAAGAAAAAAA